GGCCCAUAGGUAUAAAGCAUGGGCGAGCAGACACUACUUGUAUGAAAUAAUCGUCAGCAAAAGACGAAACCAUCCCUAUCCACAUAACCUGACAUAUUACAUCUAAAUAUCUAAAUCCCUCGCGCCCAUCAUGGCCCUCCAAAUCUUCCCAGAAAUAAGUAAAAAGACCACCCUAUCUGACGGGACAUCUUACGCCUACAUCCGCGUUCCCGCUGCACACGCAACUAAACCUACCUUUCUCUUGCUGCAUGGGUUUCCGAGUUCCAGCUACGACUGGCGUCGUAUCGUGCCUGGAUUGAAGGAGGGCGGAUACGGUAUCAUUGCUCCUGACUUGCUUGGAUACGGCGACUCGGACAAACCGGAAGAGGUGGAUGCGUAUUCGUUCAAACGGAUGGCAGAUCAUGUUGUGGAGAUUGUUCGUAAUGAAGGACUCAAUCGAGUAAUUGGAGUAGGACAUGACUGGGGUUCCGCUCUUCUCUCCAUCAUCGCUCUAGCCCACCAAGAGCUAUUCUCAGGCAUUGUUUUUCUCGCCGUCGGCUAUUUCCCACCAGGUCCAUUCGACAUCGACGAAAUCAAUACCGUUACCGAGAAACUUCUCGGAUACCCAGCAUUCGGGUACAUGAAAUUCUUCAACCAAGACACAGCCGCGAGCGUGAUUGAUGCAAAUCCAGAAUCAUUGACGUCGCUGUUAUACCCAACGACCCCGGAAGUCUGGAAAACAGACAUGGGGCCUCUGGGCGCUGCGGAGAGAUGGAUUACUGCUGGGAAAGUAACUGCUCCGCCUCCGUGGGUGAGCCAGGAGGAGUUCGAUACGCAUACGCGGAUUUUUCAGAAGGGGAAGUAUACGGGGCCGUUGAAUUGGUACAAGUCCGCAGCACGGCGGGUCGAUCAGGAGUACUACUCUACGUUCACAACUGAUGAGAGUAAGAGCCUCGAUAUACCGUCUCUGCUGGUAACCGCAGCAUAUGAUCGUGUUUGCGUGCCAGAGUUGCAGAAGCCGAGAACCGAGCAAUAUCUUCACAACAACCGUACGGAGCAAUUCGAAUGUGGUCAUUGGAUUCCACUAGAAAAGCCGGAUGAGUUAGUUAGAUUGCUCGAAGAAUUUGCCAAUGGGCAUUAGACACUUAUAGAGAUACGUGUUUUGACAUAUUAGAGAUUGUAUAUUGAUUAUCUCUUUAUUUUUGAUUGGGAAGAAGUGCUUCAUUCAUUCAUGGC